GGGAGCUGAGGUUUGGCCCCAGGACAGGGCGGACAGUAGCUCCGGCGGCAGGAACGGGCUGGGAUGGGGCCGGCGGUGCUGGCCCUGGCCGCCUGGCUGGCGGCGGCAGUGGCGGCCGAGGGGGCGUCCAACAGCAGCCGGAUCUGCCAGGCGGCCCCGGCGUGGAGCGUCAAUGGCUCCAGCCCCAUGGCGGGGGCGGCGGGGCAGGUGACGGUGGUGGCCUUGCUCAAGGCCAGCUGACACUUCUGCCUGAGGCAGGCCCGCAGCCUUGGGGACUUGCGAGAGAAGCUGUCGCGGCAGGGCAUGGCCGACGUGCACUACAUGAUCGUCAACGAGAAGGCGCCGCUGUCCCGGGCCAUGUUUGGGGAGCUGGCGCGCCAGGCCCCCCCCGGCAUCCCCGUGUACCAGCAGGAGCCCCGGGACCCCGACGUGUGGCAGGUCCUGGAGGGUGACAAGGACGACUUCCUCGUCUACGAUCGCUGUGCUCGCCUGGCCUUCCACAUCCAGCUGCCCUACAGCUUCCUGCACUUCCCCUACGUUGAGUCAGCCAUCCGCUUCACCUACAGCAAGGACUACUGCGGCAACUGCUCCUUCUACCCCAACAGCACCCAGGAGGCUAACACCACCAUGGAGGUCCCUGCAAAUCCAACCCUGCUUCCUGAACAGGAGGAGAAGGAGACAAAGCUCCCCAUUCACCAGCACAACCCUCUCCAUCCUCAGCACCAUGUGGUCAGCAGUGAAAAAGCUUCAGACCCAAGUGGGGACCACCACUCUGCUGCCCAUGGUCACCACCACCACAGAGGCCACAGCAAGCCUGAUCCCAAGGGGCAAGAGCAGGAGCAACAUGACCACUAGGCUGGGCUGGCCUGCCUUGCUGAACCCAGUGCUGUGCAAACCAUGCCACCUACUUCCCAGAGACAUGGAAGGAUUUGUUGGUUCCUCAGGCUGCCAGUCACCAGAAGUUGAUUUAAUAACUCCCUUCAGCAUCCCUCAUGUAGGUCAUAUUCACACCCUGUGACGAAAUCCCCCUCAGUCACGAGAAGAUGCUGUCCCUUCUGCCUUAGGGCUCAGUUCUGACUCUUCCUCUGCUGACACCUGCCUUUCCAUGCUCAAUGAAGCCUGUGGUGAAAACUGGGACCUUCCUGGUCACUGCAGGAUGACACUGCAUGGAGCAGCAGAGCAGGUGUGGAGGAGACAGAACUGGCAUGUGGGCUGUUCUGGCCAACAGAGCCUCUACCCAUCCUGGCAUCCUUGGACAUCUUGGCUGGAAUGCAAAAGGAGAAGCAGGAUGUGCCUCAUAAGACAUGAGCCUAGAGGCCAGCGCGUUAGGAGAGGUGCUGAGGGGAGGUCAACACUUCUGAUGGUCCAAAUUCUGUACCCCCAAAGCUGUCACAUCCUGGGGACCUCCAUGCCUUGCACACAGGUAUGUGCAGUGGUGAUGGGUGGCCGCAAGAUGGUGGCCUUGCCCCCUCUCAGAAACCCGGGGGCUGUGUUCAGGA